UGAAAUUAUGCUGCAGAAGAAGGACUCUGACAAGGAAAAUGCUUCUUAUAAAGACAAAGAUUCACAAAAACAAAGAGUGAUAGGAGAUUACUUAUUAGGUUUGUAGUUUUUUCUAUUUGAGUGAAAACUCUUGGAGUGGGUACUUUCGGUCUAGUUAAAUUGGGAGUGCAUCAAAUAACAGGAGAGAAAGUAGCCAUUAAAAUAUUGGAGAAGGAGCGAAUUGUGGAAGUAGCUGAUGUAGAAAGAGUGUCAAGGGAAAUACAUAUUUUAAAAUUGAUCAGACAUAGACAUGUUAUCCAACUAUAUGAGGUAUAUUUGUGUCUAGACUAUGAUAGAUUAUAGAGACUAAGAAGCAUAUAUUUUUAGUGAUGGAAUUUUGUGAUAACGGAGAACUUUUUGAUUACAUUGUGAAAAAUGAAAAGUAAUACCCUUCAAUUAAUUGAUUAGACUGGAAGAAGUAGAAGCCUGUCGAAUAUUCUAGGAACUGAUCUCUGGCAUUGAGUAUAUUCACAAACUAAACAUCGUCCAUAGAGAUUUAAAACCUGAAAAUCUUCUAUUAGAUCAUCAUAACCAAAUUAAAAUAGUAGAUUUCGGACUUUCCAAUACCUAUAAAGAAGGGGAAUUGCUUAAAACAGCAUGUGGAAGUCCGUGCUAUGCUGCACCAGAAAUGAUUGCUGGCCAUAAAUAUCAAAGUAUCUUGGUUGAUAUUUGGUCAUGUGGAGUAAUAUUGUUUGCCACCAUUUGUGGUCAAUUACCAUUUGAAGAUAAACAUACAAGUGAAUUAUACAAAAAGAUACUUAAUGGAUAGUAUACAAUACCAUCACAUGUCUCAUCCGAUGGUCAAUCCUUUAUUAGAGGAUUAUUGAACACAGAUCCCAAAAAGAGAUUCGAUCUUGACUAGAUUAAAUCUCAUCCAUGGUUUAAGUUGUAUAAGAGAGUUCAUUCGAUUCCUUAAGGAAUUAUUAUUGGAUAUAGUCGAAUUCCUAUCGAUGAUGACAUCGUUGAUUAACUUGCUCAAAAAGGAUACAAUGCUGAUUAUAUAAAGAAGUGCCUAGAUGCUAAUAAACACAAUAAUCUAACUACAGCAUAUUUUCUGCUCCUAAAAAAGCAUUUAAUUAAAGGAGGUUAAUCAACAGCAGAUAUUAAUUCUUAAAAUUUUAAUGAAAAACUGUUAGAACCAGCUACAAGACCUACUAAACGUAUAUCGUACUUUAAAUAAUUAGCUCCUAUAAGUAAUUUAUUAGAUAGUUAAUUGAUGAAAACACUCAAGCACAACAGAUCUGGAUCUUGUUAACCAAAUUAAAAAUCACAUACACAAGGGAGAGGAAUGUCUGUACCUUAGGUUGAAGAUAUUAGAUCUAUAUACAAUGGAUCCAAGAAUUAUCAGAAUUCAUCCUUAUCAAUUGAAGUAACCAUCUAAUCAAUUUCUAAUAGGAUCAGUCCUUUUUAUUUGAAAGAAACAAAUCUUAAUCAUUCCAAUAGAAUCACAACAAGAAAAUGCCAACUGAUAUUUAAAUCAAUGACGCAUUGAAUAAGACUACUUACAUAAACACAAGCAAAAGAUCUUCUAAUGCAUCAACUGUUUCCCCUGGACAUCAAAAUAAGUUGCUUCAAUACUUAAGUACAAAAUAAUAAUAAAAUAGAAUCAUCAACAAAGACUACUACUCCAACAGCAGUAAGAGGGAACUCCUAAUAAAAAAUGCCUUACACUAGUAAGACUACAAAGAAUCAAAAGGCUUCCUACUCAAAUUUUGAUAAUCACAACAAUUCUGUAAUGGAAAAAAAGAAAGAAAAUAAACCCAUAAAUUUAGCAGAUGCCACAAACAUUGAUAGCAAGAAAAGAUCUUUGCAUAUAGAAGGAGUAAACAUUACAUUUUAUAGUUUAGGAUCUCUCCAUGCCUGCUAGUACUAAACCAUAAUCAAUGCCAUAUCAAUUAUGGCUAAAGAUGAAUAGUAGAAAAGGAUCGAGAGAUUAUAGUGGGGGAGGAUCGAAGACAAAAAAAUCAAAUGGUAGUGCCAAAGCUAAUACAAAUCAGAGCUUUAACUUUGACAAGAGGGCAUGA